AUAUCUGAGCUGCUUUUGAGUGUGAUUUGCUGCUCUGCUCUAGGAUGCUGUUUCUGUCUCUCUUCUCUCGUAGUCCAUCUCUUAAUCUUCCUUAACAGCACUGCACUCUGCUCUGAAGAUGACUUUCUUGAAUGCAUCCAGACACAUAAACCCAUCUCACUGUUUAUGGACCUCCAAGAAGCCACACCACUGGGCAUCCUUCCUGAGGACCUGUCCUCUCUGAAGUGGAACCUCAGUCACUAGUCUUGGCAAGGCAAGAACCGCACUCCUUUUAGACCAACAGCAUCAAAAGAGAAAAAACCAUAGCAGCACUCUAUCUUCACCAAGAAAUAUAUUUGAAGAUGGAGCAGGAGAUUUCUAAAGUGCAGAGAACAAUGUCUGACUUGGAGUCAGUCCUCCAGCAGAAGGAUGUUGAGCUGAAAGCUUCUGAGACUCAGCGAAGCAUCCUGGAACAGGACCUGGCCACAUACAUCACAGAGUGCAGUAGUUUGAAGCGCAGUUUGGAACAGGCUCGUAUGGAGGUCUCUCAGGAGGAUGAUAAAGCUCUGCAGCUGCUCCACAACAUCCGUGAGCAGAGCAAUAAACUGCAGGAGAUCAAAGAACAGGAGUAUCAUGCUCAGCUGGAAGAGAUGCGUGUGUCCAUUCGUCAGUUGGAGGAGAACCUCUCUGCCGCACGGCGUCGCAGUGACUUAUAUGAGUCUGAGUUGAAGGAGUCACGUCAGACUAGUGAGGAGCUGAAAAGGAAGGCAGCAGACUACCAACAGAAAAUCCAAAAGGCCAAAGAACAAGGCAAGGCUGAAAUGGAGGACCUCCUAACUAAACUGCAGAAGACCAAUGAGGAGCAACAAGUAAAAAUUGAGGAGCUUCAGGACAAAUUAGACAAGGCAGUGAAAGCGAGUACUGAGGCCACAGAGCUCCUGCAGAAUGUUCGUCAGGCUAAAGAACGCCUUGAGCGGGAUGUUGCACGACUUCAGAUCAGAGAGGACUCCACUGACAGCCUACGCAGACGCUUGCGUGAGACAGAGGAUGGCAGAAAAACCCUGGAAAAUCAAGUAAAGAGGCUGGAGAUUGUGGAGCGCAGGGAGAGCAAACUAAAAGAGGACAUCCAGACCAAAUCACAGCAGAUACAACAGAUGGCUGACAAAAUCAUGGAACUGGAGGAGAACUUACGUGAAACACAAGCCACAGCCCAGCGGAUGGAGACUCAUUUGGAGCAGAAAGAGAAACUAUAUGAGGAUAAGAUUAAGGUAUUGGAGAACCAAAUGAGGGUAGACCUGGCUGAUAAAGAGCUCCUGGAAUCGAAACAAGGCAUAUAUGAGGAGGAAGCUCGGGAGAAAAGCAAAUUGAUCAGUGAACAGGCAGCGACUAUCAGUGCUAUGGAGUCAAAGAUGACCAGCAUGGAGCAGAGGAUUUCUGAGCUCUCUGAGGCCAACAAACUGGCGGCCAAUAGCAGUAUCUACACUCAAAAGAACAUGAAAGCCCAAGAGGAAAUGAUAUCUGAACUGAGGCAGCAAAAAUUCUACCUGGAGUCUCAGGCAGGCAAACUGGAGGCCCAAAAUGCUAAGCUAGAGGAGCAUCUGGAGAAGAUGAGUCAACAAGAACAAGUCAACAAAAGCCGUGUGCUGGAGCUGGAGGCCAGACUGAGAGAGAUUGGCCUGGAACAUGAGGAGCAGAAGUUGGAUUUAAAGCGCCAAGUGUCUGAGCUGACACUGUCAUUACAGGAGAGAGAGUCUCAGAUCAGCAGCCUGCAAGCUGCUCGCCAUGCAUUGGAAAGCCAGUUACAGCAGGCCAAGACUGAGCUAGAGGAGACCACUGCUGAGGCAGAGGAGGAAAUCACUGUUCUCCGGGCUCACCGGGAUGAAAUCCAACGAAAGUUUGAUGCCCUGAGAGACAGUUGUGCGGUGAUCACUGACCUGGAGGAGCAGUUGACUCAGCUAACACAGGAAAAUGCAGAAUUAAACAGGCAGAACUUCUACCUUUCCAAGCAGCUGGAUGAAGCCACAGAUGAAAAUGAGGAGAGACUGCAGCUUAGCCAAGAGGUGGAUCGGCUGCGCAGAGAAGUGGCUGACAGAGAGAUGCACCUCAACAACCAGAAACAAAACAUAGAGACCCUGAAGACGACAUGUACCAUGUUGGAAGAACAGGUGCUAGAACUGGAGACACUAAAUGAUGAGCUGCUGGAGAAGGAGAGGCAGUGGGAAAGCUGGAGGACAGCACUGGAAGAGGAGAAAAACCAGGCUGAGCGCAGGGCUCGAGAAAUACAAAGACAGCUGGACAAUGAAAAACAGAAUAGGUUGCGUGCUGACCAGCGCAGUUCAGAGUCUCGUCAGGCUGUUGAACUUGCAGUAAAGGAACACAAAGCUGAGAUUCUGGUGCUGCAGCAAGCCUUGAAGGAUCAAAAACUGAAAGCAGAAGGCCUCUCCGAUACACUGAGUGACUUGGAAAAGAAACACUCCAUGCUAGAGAUGAAUGCACGCAGCCUACAGCAGAAACUGGAGGCUGAGCGAGAGCUUAAACAGAGGCUGGUGGAUGAGCAAGCAAAGCUACAACAGCAGCUGGACAUGCAAAAGAGCCAUAUUUUCAGGUUGACACAGGGCCUGCAGGAUGCAUUGGACCAGACAGACCUACUGAAGACUGAAAGAACAGACCUAGAGUAUCAAUUGGAAAACAUACAGGCUGCAUAUUCUCAUGAGAAGGUGAAGAUGGAGGGCACCAUCACCCAACAGACCAAGCUUAUAGACUUCCUGCAGGCCAAGGUAGACCAUCCCUCUAAGAAGAAAAAGGGAAUCUUCAGUGGCAGGCGUCGGGAGGACCUGCUGGCAGCGUUGGCAGCCCAGAGUCAGACCCAGACAGCCUCUGUGUCUGUUGUGACACCUGUGCCCCUGCAGUACAGUGAUAUGAAGGCAGCGCUGGAUAAAGAGCGUGCCCGCUGCUCUGAACUAGAGGAGGCCCUCCAAAAGACACGCAUGGAACUUAGAGAGGCCAUGCAGUUUAAUAAAGCACUGGAACACGGUGGUACUCCUGCCACUCCUGGUCUGGCACGGCAGCAGCUCAUGAUGUCAACUAAGUCUAACAAAUCCCCUGAACACCAGCCCAACCCUUCCAACCUGGCUCAAUCAAAUGCCAGCCGCAGGAAGGAGACAGCCACCACUGACGAAAUAAGAAGAGCUACUUCUGAAAAAUAUGUGCGACGUGUAAAAGAGAGGCUUCAUCACAGUACUCAUGGUAGUCACAGCACCCCACACCGGUUCACCCAGGGUCUCAACAUGAGGGCAGCCAAGUGCACUGUAUGCCUAGACACCGUCCAUUUUGCCCGGCAGGCGGCUACUUGCAUUGAAUGCCAUGCUUUGUGCCACCCAAAAUGCUCCCCCUACCUUCCAGCCACAUGUGGUGUGCCCACUGAAUAUGCACUUCACCUAUCUGAGGCUCUGUGCAGGGAGAAGAGCAGUAACUCAGGUCUACAGCUCAAAGACUCCAGUGGACACAUGAGGCUGGAGGGCUGGAUAAAACAGCCCAGGAAUGGCAAGCGUGGUCAGGGCUGGGAGAGGAAGUAUGUGGUGCUGGAAGGGAACAAGGUUCUUACCUAUGAGACUGAGCCCAGAGAAGAGUCGGUGAAGCCGGUGGAUGAGUUUGAUCUGUAUAUAUCUGAAGGUGAAGUGAUUGUGCACAGUGCUGUGGGUGGCUCAGAGCUCACCAACACUGCAAAGUCUGAUGUGCCGUUUGUGAUAAAGUUGGAGUCGCUCCCCCAUACAUCCUGCUGGCCAGCUCAGUCACUGUACCUCAUGUGCUCAAGCUUUGCAGAGAAGCAGCGCUGGGUGGCUGUUUUGGAGGCCAUCGUGGCAAGUGCCCGUGGUGCUCGUGAGAAAGCAGAGGCAGAUGCAAAACUGUUGGGAAAUUCUCUGUUGAAGCUGGAGGGAGAUGACAGGCUGGACAUCAACUGCACACUCCCCCUCACUGACCAGAUUGUGUUAGUGGGUUCAGAGGAAGGUCUGUAUGCACUAAAUGUUAUAAAGAACUCAUUGACUCACAUCCCAGGCUUGGGAUCUGUGUUUCAAAUCUACAUCAUCAAAGAGCAAGACAAGCUGCUCAUGAUUGUGGGUGAUGAGAGGGCACUCUGCCUGGUGGAGAUAAAGAAGGUGAAACAGUCCCUCUCUCAGUCCCACCUCCCAACCUUGCCUGAAAUUGUUCCAUACAUUUUUGAGACUGUCAAGGGUUGUCACCUUUUUGCUGCAGGGAGGAUUGAAAAUGGUUCCUGCAUUUGUGCAGCAAUGCCCAGUAAAGUCACAAUUUUGCGCUACAAUGACAAUCUGAGCAAAUUUUGCAUUCGCAAGGAGAUUGAGACUUUGGAACCCUGUAGCUGUAUUUACUUCACCAACUACAGCAUCAUCAUUGGCACCAACAAGUUCUAUGAGAUUGAGAUGAAGCAGUAUGUGCUGGAGGAGUUCCUGGACAAGAAUGACGUGUCAUUGGCUUCAGCUAUGUUUACCACAUCCUCCUACAGCUUCCCCAUUGCCAUCAUGCAGGUGUCAAGUGCAGCUCAGAAAGAGGAGUACCUGCUCUGUUUCCAUGUGUUUGCACUAGCAGAGUUUGGAGUGUUUGUGGAUGCCUACGGCCGAAGAAGUCGCACAGAUGAGCUCAAAUGGAGUCGUCUUCCUCUGACAUUUGCCUUUAGAGAGCCAUACCUGUUUGUGACUUACUUCAACUCGCUGGAUGUUAUUGAGCUUCAGGGUCAUGCUGCUCUUGGGCCUCCUGCACUUGUUCACUUGGAUGUCCCCAACCCACGCUACCUAGGCCCGGCCAUCUCUUCAGGUGCCAUUUACCUGGCCUCAUCUUACCAGAAUAAACUGAGAGUGAUCUGCUGCAAGGGCCACAUAGUACGAGAGUCAGGAGAAUUGCAGAGGACAGGUUCUAACAGGAGCUUUGACCUCUGCACCAGCCCAAAUAAGCGGUGCCCACCCACUUAUAAUGAGCACAUUUCAAAGAGGCUAGCCUCAAGCCCUCAAGCUCAAGACAGUGUUGUGCACCGGGACCCUAGCACACCACACCGUUACCGUGAGGGCCGGACUGAGUUCCGCAGAGACAAGUCCCCAGCUCGGCCACUGGAUCGUGAGAAGUCACCAGGGCGUGCUGUAAUUGAUCCACGCAGAGAGAGAUCACCAGGGCGGCCGCUGGAUGAGCGAGAAAGAGAGCGUGAACGCACACGUCUGCACACAAGCUCAGUCCGCACUCAACUCACACCAGUUAACAAGGUGUGGGACCAGUCUUCAGUGUGACAGCGCCCCCUGGACAACUGAAGUGUAAGAGCCAUCGUCCAGUCCCAGCACAGAUGGACAUGCCAUUUUACAGGCACCUCUUGUAAUACAACUAUUCCAUCGUGACAUUGCUGCUGUGAGCAGAACCACAUCCUACUUAUAUUUUUUGGAUUUAGCUGUUGUACAAAUUAACACAUUUUGCUCAUAUAUUUACGUAGGAUUAAUGAGGAAGGGAACAGAUUGGUGAAAGAUUUUAAGUGGUUAUUAAUAUACAUGAAAUCCUUUUCAUAGCAUGAAAUAUGAAAUAUAUAUACAUACAUACACAUACAUAUGUGUGUUGUAUGUAAUAUAUAUAUAUAUAGCACAUUCUAACUGUAAAUAUGUGGCCAGCUUUUAUAGUUAAAGGUAUGAGAGUUGAAUGACUAAGCCAUGUCUAUUUUUUAAAGUGUUUGUAUAAAGUUAAGACAAAAAUUUCUUACAGAAAACAUAAGUUUUCACUUUCACAUAUCUGCUUUUGUGGAUAUCAAGCAUCAGACUGGCUGCUUUUUUUGAUAUUGCCUGUUAAUUUUUUGUUCACAAUUUUGUAAGACCUGAAAGACAAAACUACUUAUUAGGCAUGCGCUGAGCUCAUAACUUUUCUUUCUUUUCUUUUCUUUUCUUUUCUUUUUUUUUUACCUUGCUCCUCUCAGAACAAUAAAGGGUACCUAUUUGUAGGAGCAUAAUUCAAGAAUCUUACACCAACAGUAGUUUUGUGUGACGGAUUGUGUAUGACUUUAAGUAUGGCGAGCUGGACAAGAUCUGGUGACUAGGAAGCUCACUGAAGAACAUUGAACUCAUUGUUCUUCAAAAUGAUGACUAUCAAAAUAGAUACUAGAGGCCAGACUAACAGAAACUUUUGAACAGAAAUAUUUUAAAGGCACAAAUGGACAUACUGUCUGCUUACAGUUUAAAGACUCACAGGCUUGAAAUUAUUUUGUUUUGCUUGAAACAAGGCAGUUUUAAUUAUCUUUCUGAAAAAUAGGUCUGAUGACUAAAAAGCAAUUACAGAGCAGCAAAAGCCCUCCUUUAGCAUUUCUAACUGCUACAAACACUUUCUUAAUUAUAAAAUUUUUACUUUUUUCAAGCAUUUCUAAAGAGAUGCUCUGCUGUACCUUAAAGAACUCCCCAGAUGUUUGUGUAGACUUUUUAGUCCAAGCCAUUCCAGUGCAGGUUGAAUGUGUUAUGACUGGAUGGUCAGGCAAGUGUUUACACUACAAAUAGAACUGGCUGAUUCCUCUGCAAACUCCAAUAUUUUGUUUGUUAGUCAAAUGUUGGUAAAAUGUUAUUCAAACAUUUGAUAGGCAGCAUUUAUAUGGUAAAUCAUAAACAUUCCAGGCAGAGUAUUUAAGUAUGGUUUCAUUGUGGAAAAAUGCUGUCCAAUCAGACAGAUAAAGAUAAAAAUGAAUUUCAUAUUAAAGUCAUCAACAUUAAAGCUAUAAUACCAUACUUAAAGUUUCAGCAAUGCAAAUAAAUAAAUAAAAAUCUCAGUGCAUGCCUAAUGCAUAUAUUACAUUUGGAAUAAGAGCUCAGUCCUAUUAUUGCUACAAGUGUCCUUGUGCUGUUGCAGUAAUUGUAUAGCAAUUUUUGUUUAAACAGUAUAACAGUAUUUCCUUUUAUUAACACUAGUGUCUACAAGAUGUCUACUGGGCUGUUCUGGAAAUUUUUGCUGCUUAGAGUAAAGAUGUCCUGUAUGGUGUUUGGUGAAAUAACGUCCAGUAGCCCUCAGGGUUUGUAUAAGACAUAUUGCUGCUUCCUAAUUGUGUGAGCUAACCAGCACAGCUACACUAAAGCCCUUUUUAACAUAUAGCAGAUAACAGUGUGUUCACAUCAUUCGCAUGCAUACUUUUCUUCUCAGUUUGCUUCCCAUGAGUCCACUAAAUAAAUAUGGAUUGUUAUAUAUUUAUACAUAUUGAUGUUUUUUUCUUUCUUUUUUUUUUUUUAACAUGAAUGACAAGUUACACAGUGUGACUCCUGACUGUCAUACAACAAUCAAUAAACUGCUGAAUAAAAAAAAGAGCUGAAAAUAAGGGACUGGUGUCAUGUUUAAAUUUAUGAUGUAAUGUUGAGACAGUGUGAAACUGUGUUUCAGACAGUUAUCAUUGUGUAAGAAAAUAAACCUAGGGAUUUUCUCUUUUUGAAAAACAAA